AUGGCUCCUCGACGCGGCGGCGGAGGCUCUUACUCGAGCUCCUAUGGCGAUGACAACCCAUGGAGCGAUACGGUCUUGCUGUCAAUAGGACGCUACCAGAGCAAGCCUCUCUUUAUCGCCGAAUUUGCCUUUGAUGUCCUAUCUCUCCUCGCCUUUGUCGCCUUCCUCAUCUGGGCAUGCACAAUCAGGAAUCGCAGUCUCGCCCUGAAGGGAGCUAUUUGUGCCCUGACUUCCUUUAUAUGCUCCCAGAUAAGCUUGGUAGUCAUGGAAGCCAUGUUUAUCGCCGAGACAGAGGUGACGAUGUACUAUUUGAUCGGCUUGAUGCUCACGGACUUCUUCAAACUCGCCGCGAUGUGUCUCACCCUCUAUGUCUUCUGGGAGCUCGUCCAUCGCUUCCUGGGCCUUACCAGACCCUCCGGCAAGCCGCAUAUGGCAGUGACCACCAUCCAUUAUGUCCUCCUUGGUAUCAUCUUCCUGGUGUCUCUUGUCGAAUGGGGCCUCUGCGUGGCUUAUUAUGUGCGGUCCGUGAAUUCCAAUUACAGCAGAAAUUACAGCGAUUUAGUCUGGACUUGGACACAGGUGGCUGGCGCAGUUUAUAUCAUCCAUUGGGUGCUGUCCACUGAGAUCCUCGCUUGGGUGAUUUUCUUGGCUGUCAAGGCUGGUAAUAAUGCUUUUGCGUCGAAGUUGCCCGCUAUGGCACUCAUCACCGCCGCCAUCUCCUGGUGCGCAGUGUGUGCCACCGUGGCCAUCAUUUACAUUCGCUAUAGCCUGAUACCUGUCUACCAGUAUGAUCGGCCAACGUACCUUUCCACUGCCAGAUCCAUUGUACAGUUCAUCCUCUGGGUCGGCACUUAUACUGGCAUUCUACUGUGCUGUGCCAAAUGGCACAGUCUCGGCGAUGAGCGAAAGUAUGCCGCGCCUCAGUACCAGCCUCAGUAUCCUGUUGCUCAAUUCCCUCCCGGUCAGUUCCGCGAAGGACAGUAUCCUCCCAUUCAACAGCAGUCAUAUGGUGUUGCUCCCUACCGGGAUCAUUCGGCGCAGCCUCAGGCGCACCCGCACCACGUCUCUCCUCAUUAA